AUGACCUCUUGCCACAUUCCUUUGAGCGGGACCACCUUUCGUUUUGCGUUCCUGGCCCACUCCUCCAGUCUGGCGAAGACUCCGUCAUUGCAUUCCACAAUUACGUGCUCCUGGACGGCGGGGAACUCCUGUACUUUAGAUGCAGCAAUGGCGAGCCCGAAACCUAUUUCGAGAACCCGUCCCCCUUUCGAGGCUGCGAUGCUCGCAAGCUUGUGCAUGAAGGGAGUCUCCCAGCGUUCCAUGACAGGCUUGCCCAUGAUCUCCAGGUGCGUGUCCGCGCUGUUGUAGUCGGCGUUCGCCGAGGACCAGUCUUGCUGGCAUUGCUCGCCUUUGGAGAAGAUCGCGUCCGCCAUUGCUUACUGUUUCC